GUAUACCAUUUGAUUGUCUGUCGAUUGAGUCGAACCGGAAGAAUAACCAGAAGAUAAUUGCAAGAUGUCUGCCAACCCGACGCCCGCACAGCAGCAGCAAAACCAGUCGUCCAAACGUCUGCAACAAACGCAGGCACAGGUGGACGAAGUGGUGGGCAUAAUGAGGACAAACGUGGAGAAAGUGCUGGAGAGGGACAACAAGUUGUCUGAGUUGGACGACAGGGCGGACGCCCUACAACACGGCGCCUCCCAGUUCGAGCAACAGGCGGGCAAACUUAAGCGCAAGUUCUGGUGGAAAAAUCUGAAGGGUAUAGCGCGGGUCACCAAUAGUAAUGGUGUCCCCGAUUCGGUCUGUUUGGCCAACGAUUAG